UUUCACGUUUUCCAUCGUGUGUUUCGUGUGUGUGUUUUUUGUGUUUUUUAAUUGAAAAUUUUGAACUUUUUGAAAAAUGGCCGGUUUUGUUAAAGUUGUCAAAAACAAAGCUUAUUUUAAACGUUUUCAGGUUAAAUUCAAAAGGAGGCGAGAGGGUAAAACCGAUUAUUAUGCCCGACGUCGAUUGGUUGUUCAGGACAAGAACAAAUACAAUACACCGAAAUAUCGUUUGAUUGUUCGUUUUACAAACAAAGAUAUUAUCUGUCAGAUUGCCUAUGCUAAAAUCGAAGGUGAUAAAAUUGUUUGUGCUGCAUAUUCACAUGAAUUACCACGUUAUGGUAUUAAAUGUGGUUUGACUAAUUAUGCUGCUGCUUAUUGUACUGGACUGUUGUUGGCUCGUCGGUUACUUCAAAAAUUCAAACUUGAUAGUAUCUAUAAAGGAUCGGAAGAAGUUAAUGGUGAACAAUAUACUGUAGAAAAUUUGGAUGGUCAACCACGAUCAUUUCGGGCUUAUUUGGAUGUCGGCCUAGCACGUACUACAACUGGUGCACGUGUUUUUGGUGUUAUGAAAGGUGCAGCCGAUGGUGGUAUCGAUAUACCACAUUCAACUAAACGUUUCCCCGGAUAUGAUAAUGAAUCAAAAGAAUUUAAUGCCGAUGUACAUCGUGAUCAUAUAUUUGGACAACAUGUUGCUGAAUAUAUGAAAAAAUUGCUGGAAGAAGAUGAAGAAGCAUAUAAACGACAAUUUUCUCGUUAUAUUAAAUUAGGUAUCACAAGUGAUGAGAUGGAAAACAUUUAUGAAAAAGCACACGAAGCAAUUCGUAAUGAUCCAUCACCACUGGCUAAAAAACCACGUACCAAACCAACGGAUCAAACAAAAGUUAAAUUAUGGAAAGCUAAAAAACUUACAUUGGCAACACGUAAGAAUAAAAUUCAACAAAGAAAACGUGCUAUUUUGGCUAGUGAAACAACACAAAUGCAAGCAUUAAUGACAUUAUUAAAAUGUUAUAUCGGUACAGGGAUAUUAUCAAUGCCAAAAGCAUUUUCCGAUUCUGGUUAUAUAUUUGGUAUAUUUGGUGUUAUACUUAUCGGUUAUCUUUGUAAUCUUUGUAUUCAUAUGUUGGUUCAGAUUAAUGAAUUAUUAAUGACAAAACCGGAACAAAUUCCAUGUGAUUAUCAAGAGCUGGCACAAUUAUCAUUUGAAAUUGGACCGAAAAACUUGAGAAAAUAUGGUCGAAAAUCGAAAAAACUUUUAACAAUUUGUCUUUGUUUAUCGCAAACGGGAUUUUGUUGUGCAUAUGCAUUAUUUAUUGCUAAAAAUCUUUUACAAUUAAUGAUUAAUCUGAAAAUUGGUUAUUGGCAAGAUGAUGAUGUUAUUUAUUUUCUUGGUUUAUUAUUACCAAUAAUGAUUGGUUUAAAUUUCAUUAAAAGUAUUUAUCAUCUAUCAAUGGGAUCAAUGAUUGCAAAUUUCGUACAGUGGGCUAGUUUAUUAAUAAUUUUAUAUAAUUUGGUUACAAAUAUUCCUUAUAUUGGUGAUCGUAAACCAAUCAAUUAUCGUCUGCCACAAUUUGUCAGUACAACGGCAUUUACAUUCGAAGGUAUAACGGUGACAAUGCCAUUAUAUCGUUCAAUGAAAGAUCGAAAAAGUUUUGCCAAACCAUUCGGUGUACUUAAUAUGGCCAUAUUAUUUGUUAUAAUAUUAUAUUCAUCGGUUGGUUUUUUAGGUUAUCUUAAAUAUGGUGAUAAUGUUGGUGCUAGUAUUACAUUUUCAUUACCAAAUGAACCAUUAUAUAUGGCUGUACAAUUUAUGUAUGCAUUUGCAAUUACAUUUUCCUAUCCGAUACAAAUGUUUGUAGCAAUACAUCUGAUGUGGCCAACCAUUCAGAAUUAUUUAAUUGAAAGAAAAAAACCCGACGUUAUCAUUAAUAUGGCUGAUUAUUUAUUUCGUUCAUUAUUGGUUAUUUUAACAUUUAUAUUGGCAGCUUCAAUACCCGAAUUAGAUCUUAUCAUUGAAUUAAUUGGUGCAUUUGCUUGUACAUCGGUUGCCAUAAUAAUACCAACAAUAUUACAUUUAAUUGCAUUCUAUGAACGUACUGAUGGUUUUCAACGUAAAUGGCUUAUAGUGAAAAAUACAUUAAUUUUAAUAUUUGGUUUUUUAGUACUUUGUACUGGUACUUAUUUUUCAUUACAAGGUAUUGUUGAAAGAUUUCAAGAUCGAUUACAAUCAUCAUAUGAUGAUGUUGAUGAUUUAUUAACACCAUCAUUCAACAACGAUAAUAAUAUUACUGUUGUAAGAAUGCCAUUCUGGUUUGAUAAAUUAAUUAAUUUAACACAAAUUGCAACAACAACAAUGAAUAUUACUGAUCAGCCAUUGAAUCAAACAUUGAAUCUAUGAAAAAAACUAUUGAAAAAGCAAAUUCCUGCUGAUGUUG